CUGUAUCGAUAGUCGUGUGUCCGCCGUGACUCCAUGUGCCGAGACCUUGUCUACCCGCAACCCGCAGUCGUACGCUGUAGGCCGCCCGGUGGACGACCAUGAGUCCGUGCCUGGAAGUGCCUCAAACUUUGAGCUGUGAUAUCGAGAAAGGCAUCCACGAUCAAGAAGGCUGUGAAACAGAGAAACCAAACAGCUGUGUUGACAUUCCUGUGUCAUCUGCUCACGCUCUACCCGUGCGUCCACGUCUACGUCACUUCUUCAUAGUUGUUUUCAAAAUAGUCGCAGUGGUUCUUCUCCUGACAGUAUUAACUUUUACUAUAUGGUAUUUCUUUGGUUGGAUGAUUGCCUUCGAGUUGAUAAUUGUCGCCAUUGUAGCCAUUUUGGCUGCUGGUGGAGGAAUAAAAUGGUUGAAAAUAAUUUACAAAACCCUACCAAGGGAUUUGACAGCCCUGCAAAGGUAUAUAAGGUUCCUAUGGAGUGUACGAGUUUUAAAAACCAAAGAUAUGAACAUUGGUGACAUUUUUGCCAAACAUGUUGAGAAGAGACCAAACGAUAUCUGUUUCAUAUUUGAAGACACCGAAUGGACAUUUUUAGAGGUGGAGGAGUUCAGCAACAAAGUAGCCAAUGUGUUCAAGUCGCAAGGACUCGUGAAUGGUGACGCAGUGGCCCUCAUGAUGGACAAUCGGCCGGAGUUUGUGUGUUUCUGGCUGGGUCUGUCCAAGAUAGGAGUUGUGACAGCUUUAAUCAACACCAACCUACGCCAGUCAUCGCUCUCACAUAGCAUCAAUGUGGCCAACUGCAAGUGUUUCAUCUACUCCUCCGUGUUCAGUGAAGCUGUUCAGGAGGUGGCCUCUUCUAUAGGCAAUGUGCGUCGCUACAACUGGAGCCCGUCAACACGGCCGGUGUCUACUGUUCAGGAGGGCGAAGAGACUCAACUAGAGGAUGUACUGAAGUCAACCCCUUCCACAACACCCACCCCUAGUAGCAAAGUGGGCUUCAAUGAUAAACUGUUGUACAUCUACACUUCAGGCACCACAGGUCUACCUAAGGCAGCAAACAUUACGCACUGCAGGUUGGUGUUUCUAGCUGGAGCUAUCCACUACCAAGUAGGGUUUGAUGUGAAGGACCGCUACUACACCCCUCUACCUCUAUACCACACAGCAGGCGGGACCAUGGCUAUUGGACAAGCCCUAGUCUACGGUAGCACCGUCGUCAUACGCAAUAAGUUUUCUGCUUCAAACUACUUCGCUGACAUUGUCAAGUAUAACUGCACGGUAGCCCAGUACAUCGGGGAGAUGUGUAGGUAUCUUCUGUCGACUCCACCUAGACCAGAGGACAAGGACCACAAGCUGAGGAUGAUCUUUGGCAACGGAUUGAGGCCUCAGAUAUGGAGAGAGUUUGUUGAAAGGUUCAACAUCCCCAAAGUAGCGGAGUUUUACGGUGCUACGGAGGGAAAUGCUAAUAUAGCUAACAUUGACAACACAGAAGGUGCAAUUGGCUUUGUGUCAAGACUGGUGCCGUCCGUCUACCCGAUAUCCAUAAUAAAAGUAAACCAAGAAACUGGCGAACCUUUGAGAAACAAAGACGGCCUCUGUAUGACCUGUCAGCCUGGUGAACCAGGAGUGUUUAUUGGAAAGAUCAUCCCGAGCAACCCAGCCCGUGCUUUCUUGGGAUAUGUAAACGAGACUGAGUCAAAGAAGAAGAUUGUUCAUGAUGUCUUCAACAAAGGAGACUCUGCUUUUAUUUCAGGAGACCUUUUGGUUAUGGAUGAGUGGGGAUACUUGUACUUCAAAGAUAGAACAGGAGAUACAUUCAGAUGGAAAGGUGAAAACGUUUCAACGUCGGAAGUGGAAGGCCUCGUCAGCAACAUCUCGAACUACAAAGAUUGCGUUGUUUAUGGAAUUGAGAUACCUCGUUGUGAAGGGCGAGCUGGAAUGGCGGCCAUAUUGGAUCCUAACUGUGACCUUGAUUUGACCUCUCUUGCCGAAGGAGUAAAGAAAGCGCUGCCAGUCUACGCCAGGCCUGUCUUUGUAAGAUUACUGCAGGAAGUGGAAAUGACAGGAACAUAUAAACUGAAAAAAUUAGACCUGCAAAAGGAAGGCUUCAACCCAAGCACGAUAGAAGACAAGAUUUACUUCCUCAGCGCCAGUGGAAAGUACGAACUUUUGACGCCAGAACUAUACAAAGACAUCGAAGUUGGUGUGAUAAGAUUCUAAGUAAUGUAUUAAGAUUUUCUAGUAGACUGAUCAAGUCUUGUACCAAUGUAGCCUAGUGUGAUAAAUAUUUUAAUAUUUAUUUACAUCGAAAUCAGGGUUGUGUCUUUUUUUGUUGCUAGAAAUGUAUUUGACUGUACAGGUAUAAUUGUGUAUAAUAUAAGCUGUAUUUUAUCCAAUUUUGACUUUUUUUAUAAAAAUUCAUCUUAUUGAGUGGUCAUCUUGUUUUAUUUCCACAGAUAUUGAUUUGUGACUAAUGAGUUUCUCUCAAUAUAUUUGUUACUUUAGACUUUUCAUUGAGUAGUGUUAAUCCUUCUACAAUGAAUUCUUUGCUAGUCAUACUCAUAAUACAUGUUCUACUCAGUCUUUUACUUUAAGAAGACCGCUUAAAGCUAUCCUAAUUCUGUGCCAAUAACCUUUAAAUUAUUGAUAUGCUGUUUAUGCAUUCCAAUAAUUACUAUGACUUAAAAACAUUUAAUAUUUUUCAAAUACUUGAUUGUAUACUUGUUUUAAAGUCAUGUUUGCAUAAGUAAAAAAGAUUCAGAAUCCUUAGGAUUGGGCCUAAUGUCACAUUAUAUUGCAUUUAAUAAAACAUUCCGAUAUUUUUAAUGCAGAGUAAAUAAAUAAUGUUAAUGUUAUAUCUUUAGAUUAUAUUACCAUAUUAUCUAGACAAAAUCUAUUGACUUUUUCUUUAUUUGUGAAAUAAGUCGAGGCAUGAGUUAUGAAUAUUUUUAAUGAUUUAUAACAGUUGCAAUAUAAUUUGUCCCUUGAUAGAUUCAAAAUCCCUUACAGUAUUUUUAAGAAUGUGAACUAUUAGUUUGUUGUCCAUGACACGUUUUGUUUUUCUAAAUCGAAAGAAUUAUUUAUUUUUGCUCUUUGAUUGUUGACAAGACCAAGACUAUAAGUCUCUAACGCUGUACAUUGUUGUCUACUUAAUGUUUGAAACUAAAGCUGUUUAAUGCAUUAGAUUAGUGUUUUGUUAAUUAAUGUAGGUGUGUAAAGUUGUUAUACAAUGAUUGUGCUGUAAGCAUUUAUUUUUAUAAAGCAUUGUAAACUGUUUUCUAUUUUGUAAUAAGUAUAAAGAUGCAAUAAAGUAUAUUUUAUCUCAAAA